AUGGUCAGACCGUCGGUUCUUGUCGUCCUUCCUCUCAUGCUCGCCACCUUGCUUGCCACUGCCAACGCCCAAAACUACACUGCACCAGCGCCGCCGAGCCCGAGCCCACUACCGGGCAGCCCAUCUCCUCCACCACCGCCACCGGAGUCAUCAACCGCACCUCCUCCUGCUUCGUCACCUCCGCCGGCGGCGUCAUCCCCGCCCCCUCCUUCGCCACCUCCGCCAGCAUCAUCCCCACUCCCUCCUCCUUCGCCGCCACCGCCGCCGACGUCAUUCCCACCUCCUCCUUCUCCUCCUCCACCGCCACCGGCGUCCAACUGGACGCCCGUGGCGAACGUGAAGGACCCGACGAUCCAGCAGGUAGCGCGGUUUGCCGUGCGCAUCUACACACUCAUCAUGGGGGAACUCAAGAUGCAGCUCCAGAACGUCGUCAGCGGCGAGACGCAGCCGUCUAACGGCGGGUACAACUACCGGCUGGUCAUCACGGUGUCUGGUGGCAAGAAUACGCAGUACGAGGCCUUCGUCUGGGGCAUCCUCAAGACGCCGUCGUGGAAGCUCUUGUCCUUCACGCCCAAGUACUGA